UACAGAUUUGGACUGUAAAGGCACCCUUUAAAAUUAUGGACAGUCCUGAGGCACCCUUUAAAAUUAUGGACAGUCCUGAGGCACCCUAUAAAAUUAUGGACAGUCCUGAGGCACCCUAUAAAAUUAUGGCCAGUCCUGAGGAACACUAUAACAUUAUGGACAGUCCUGAGGCACCCUAUAACAUUAUGGACAGUCCUGAGGCACCCUAUAACAUUAUGGACAGUUCUGAGGCACCCUAUAAAAUUAUGAAAAGUCCUGGGGCACCCUAUAAAAUUAUGGACAGUCCUGGGGCACCCUAUAAAAUUAUGGACAGUCCUGAGGCACCCUAUAAAAUUAUGGACAGUCCUGGGGCACACUAUAAAAUUAUGGACAGUCCUGAGGCACCCUAUAAAAUUAUGGAAAGUCCUGAGGCACCCUUUAAAAUUAUGGACAGUCCUGAGGCACCCUAUAAAAUUAUGGACAGUCCUGAGGCACCCUAUAAAAUUAUGGACAGUCUUGAGGCACCCUAUAAAAUUAUGGACAGUCUUGAGGCACCCUAUAAAAUUAUGGACAGUCUUGAGGCACCCUAUAAAAUUAUUGACAGUCCUGAGGCACCCUAUAAAAUUAUGGAAAGUCCUGAGGCACCCUAUAAAAUUAUGGACAGUCCUGAGGCACCCUAUAAAAUUAUGGACAGUCCUGAGGCACCCUAUAAAAUUAUGGACAGU